CAUCAAUCAAGUCAGCCAACCAACCCAUCGCGCGUGUGCUCCGACCGUCUCCCUCUAACCACCUGGACCCUGGAUGCUGGCUUCCCCCAUUUCACCUCAUCGACCACAGGAGGGAAAAAAAGACAGCUGCAUGCUCGUCGAUGCACUGGAGAGAAAGCCGAAUAGCCCCGUUUCGCCUUGUCGACGCCGCCGUCGAAUCCUUUGCCGUCGCUCCUGCGAGUCACUAGGUCCGUCCCGACCGCUUGGGCUCUCUCCCGCCGCACUUAUUACCACCGACCUUGGAACUCACCCAACACGCCUCCACAGCGGCUUCCAUCCCACGUCUCGAACCGUCACUCUGCCCGUGAUCGGAAGCGCUGCCUGAGAACGCCGUUCGUGCGAGGUACGUCUGCUUCCGUUGGCGACGCCUCGCUGCCGUACAGCUUGCGCGACUUUUUCGCUUUCGCGUUCAUUACGCUGCGAAGAUCUGCCCCGUCUAGCGCAGGUCCGCCCGCAAGCCGACCCUCUCGACCACCUCACGACCGCGCCAUCGCCGCAUCGACAAGAAACGCGCCGCGCAGCCGGUCGUGCGACAAACUGUUAUGAACACGCCAGGCUCAAUGGUCGGCAUGACGGGAGGCGCAGUUGGCGCCCCUGUGGGCAGCCAAGUCGGCGCUCCAAACGCAGCGAAUUCGAAUGAGUAUCACGAGCGGCUCAACACGUACAUAUACGACCACUUGUUGAAGCAGAAGCUCUACGAUCUGGCGCGGCAGUUCGCCAGCUCAUGCCCCAUCAAAGCUGAGCCGGAGCCGAAGAAGGAGAUGAAUGGGGAUGACGGCAUGGACAUGUCUUCAAAGGACGACAUCAAGCGUCCGGACGACCUGCCCGUUCCCAACAUCCCGCCUCACUUCUCGGAAAACUCUUUUCUAUUCGAUUGGUGGUGUCAGUUCUGGGACAUUUUCGGUGCUUAUCGUGGCAAGGGUCAGAAUGCCUUGUCUCAGAACUACCUCCAGCACACUAUGACUCAGGCGAAAGCACGUCAAAACCAGCAGAACCUCAUGGGCGUGAACGCAAACAUGAUGAACAGGUCCCAGCAGUUCGCAAACAUGCAGACGAACGGCAUGAAUAACAUGCAGAAGCAAGCUAUCGCAAACAGGGGCGGCAUGCAGCAGAUGCUGGCGAACAAGAUGCAGCAAAACAAUAUGCAAGAUGGUGACAGGCCGCAGUCACCUGGUUCCAUGGGCAAUGCGCCCUCGCCCUCAAAGCGCCCCCGAUUAGAUGAUGGCCAGCCAAAUGCAAAUGGUCAGCCUUUCCCAGCGGGUCGUGGUCAACCUAUGCCUGGCAAUCAAAUGGCCAACAUGCCUGGAGGUCCAAAUAACAUGAUGAUGCAAAACGCGAUGCCGGCAGACAUGAACCAGCUCAAUUUUGCACAGAAUGGGCAGCAGAAAAUGGACAUGCCGGGCGCGCCUCAAGGCAUGGACGGUUCGUUUGAUUCUAUGAUGAAAAACAAGCCAGUGAUGGCUAACAAUGCAGGCAACCCUUCCCAAGGCAAUCACGCUUUGCAAGAUUAUCAAAUGCAGCUCAUGCUUCUAGAGCAGCAGAACAAAAAGCGACUCUUAAUGGCGCGGCAAGAGCAGGAUAACAUCAACCACGUUCCAGGAACGUCACAGCCUGGCCAGAUGCAGUUUGGUGGAACAGCGCCAGGCAUGUCCCCCUCGAACGGCCGACCCGGACCUUCUCCGAACCCCAAUGAUCAAAUGAAGAGAUUGACAACGCCCAAGAUGGGUGCAGGUAAUGUUCCUGGCUCUCCGGCAAUGGCAGGCGACGGCAACAGGGGAUCUCCCAUGCCUGGCAACUUUGAUCAUAACGGCGUGCCCCAAAAUAUGCGCCAGCAGAUGUUUGCCGCGCAGCAAGGCAUGAUGCAAGGUCAACAGCCGCCCAGCUCACACCCUAACUUCCAGCAAAUGCAGAUGGGUAAUGUGCAGAGUAUGGAGCAGAUGAGAAUGGCAGCUGCUCAACAAGGCCGAAUGCCCAAUGGACAGCCAUGGCCCCAGGGAACUCAGCCCAUGAUGCAAACUCCUAGCCAGCAAGGCCAAGUUGGCACUCCCCAACAGCGGACCAAUAUGCCACCACCUCCAGCGCCCAACGCCGAGCAGCAACGAACUCAGCCUUCGUCGCCUGCUCCAACCGGGGGUCCAGCCACCCCGUCGCAAGCGCCGAAGCCUAAUCCGAAGGCCAAAAAGGAGGUCGUCAAGAAGAACGUACCACAGAAAGGAGCAACCAAGAAAGAUGCGGCUACUCCAGCUGCCACAGAUGCUCCCGCUGCUACUCCUACUCCUUCAACCCCAAUCACGCCCAUGCAUCCUACCACAUUCCAGAACAAAGCAGGAACAAAUACAACUGCCGGUGGGCCCCCUGCACCUCAACAAGCGGCUCCAACAGCAGUACCUGCUAUAGACCCGACAGCUGACUUUGGUCUCCCACCAGGAGAUGGUGGUUUCGAUCUCAGUUUUACUACCGACGGCCAAGAUGUUCUGGAAAACUUUGAUUUUGACUCAUUCUUGCAUAAUACCGAUGAGACCAAUUCGCUAGGAAAUUUCGACUUCAUUCAAUUUAACCUCGACACCGAAGCGUCGGCUGGGUCAUAACCUAUCCUCAUUUAGAAAAUGAAACUUUUUUCUUGGGUCAACUGUUUUAUCACAUGUUUGCGCAAGCAGGGAACACGAAAUCAAUUCUCUUUUUUGGCCUUGGCCAUACUCUCAUGGGAUAUGUUUCCAAAAAAAAGAACUGGGCGUGACGGAUGAGAUGCAGAUGUUGUUAAAUCGGCGUAGUUAUCUCGGUGGCGGUCUGGAAUGGGCGUAUUGCGGUGUACAGGGCGCCAAACUCUUUGAAUAUAGGCAGGACGGAGUCAGCACGUUCCGGAUCUCGUGAUAGUGUCUUCCGGUGGGCUCCUAUCACACAGAUAUACCCUCUCAUUUACUCGAGCUUGAUGCUACUGCGUUUUCACUUGAGCCUAUCUGGAUAACUUCAUCGCACGGACUUUGGUUUCCAGAGAAGCUCGAUCUCCUUCCAUUUUAUCUUAUAUCAACCUGUCGCGGAAUGUGUUUAUUGUUUACAUUCUCAAUCAUUUGCCCUUUUUUUCGGGCACUUGAAUCUGCUGCUGCGAUUGGUUUUUUUUAUUUUUGCUUGUUAUAAGGGCGCGUAUGUGGAUGGAUUUUUUUGGAUUGUACUUCGAUGCGGUUGCAUGUUGCAAAAUAUAGCUUUUGUAUGCUGCCAAGAGUGUUCCUUUGCUCGUCAGACCAAGGUGUGCUCGAGAGAUCAGAAGAAAUGCGCUGGCGUGACAUCAAGGCUCCUCCGUCGAAGGGCGUUGUGGUUGUUUGGGUUAUUUCGUGUCGUACAUUCAUAAGUGAGCUAGCUAAUUACAUCUUUUUCGAUUCAUG